AUGUUCUAGUGGAGUGUUGUUCUUUGCGAAUGUAUCUUGCAGACGUGUAAUGGCGGGCAUGCAGAAAGGAGAGAAGGGCGGGAAACGUUUGAUCAAAAGUUUGAUAGAUUCUAUAGAUGUUGCGUAUUUCAUAAUCCUAAACAACGUAUAUUGCGGAAUAUGGUGCGCUGAGCCUCCGUUGGUGUCGUAUCUGGCGUGUUUACUCUUAACCGUGUUCUUACUUGCGCAGAGAUGGCUGGGAUGUCUGGAGAGAUGAAACUGCCGAGCAGUGAAAACUCGUGCCUCGCGGAUGUUGACAGAGAUUUCGGCCCGCUGCACUGCGCGGCCCGCCAUGCGUCGAUGAUCGUGGAGGUCACCAGCCACAGACAGCUUGAGGGGAUAGAGGGUUUGAUUCGCUGGGACAAGGUGGUAGCGCGUGCCACAUCAGGUACUGGAUGCUGCUCGUAUGCGCCGCCAAGUGUGAUCAGGAGUGGCCGCAAAUUCGGUCGCCAGCGCGUAAAGUCGACAUGCCCAAUCACAUGGGACAGCGCUCAGAGGCCCAGGGUGAUGGGUAUAGAGAGACCCGCCGCAGCCCAACUCUUGGAGGGGGCCAUGGUCGACAGGCUACGUAAGUCAGCAGUAUCGCGUAGAAACAAGCAGGCGACAGGCGUAUUUGCCGUGGUCCGUCUUUUUCUCGCAUAUAAACCUAGGGGUCCGGAUUCAUGUACCAUUGAUGCACCCCUCGCCCGGCAGCGUCAUAUGUAUUGAGCCACGAGCCACGAGCCACUACCCCACCCACAGCAGCAGCCAUCCACACCCACACCCUGCGCACGUCGAGCUAUCCGCACCCG